AUGGUGGCCCCAUCCUUUUAUACUCCCUCAUCUCACGCAUGCCACCUCACUCUAAACCACCUCACCCGUACCACCUUGCCAGCUCAUCAAUUCGGAUGUCACAUUCUCCUUAUUCAAUUCCUUCAACUCAUUUAUUAUGCACUUAGGCGUCCUACUCUUACGUCGCAUGUACGCAUCGACCCCUCCACGAUCGUGCAUGCAACAGUUUUGGAGGGUGUGAUUCAAGAAAGGCAAUUAGAUGAGGUGAAGGAUGUCAAAGAAGAUUUUGUGGAUGUUUUGAUCGAAACCUACAACGAUCGGAGUGUUGAUUCCUCCAUUGAUCUGGACAGCAUCAAAGCCUUGCUUUUGGAUGUAUUCGUUGGUGGAACUGAUACAAUCUCCUCGUCUACGGAAUGGGUGAUGUCCGAACUCUUGCGCCAUCCUAGAGUGAUGGAAAAACUACAAUCCGAGGUACGAGGCAUCGUUAAACAGAAUCAACACAUAAAACCAGAUGACCUAGAAAAUAUGGGUUACAUGAAGGCUGUGAUCAAGGAAACCUUGCGUCUCCAUCCACCAUUCCCAAUUAUUACACGAGUCACAAGAAAGGACGUGCAGAUCAAAGGCUAUGAUGUUGCUUCCGGAACGAUGGUGAUGAUCAAUGCAUGGGCCUUGGGGAGGGACCCUGUCUCGUGGGACGAACCAGAACAAAUUAGGCCCGAUAGAUUCUUGAAUUCUUCAAUUGAUUUGAAAGGGCAAGAUUUCGAGUUGAUCCCGUUUGAGGCUGGAAGAAGGGGAUGCCCUGGGAUUACAUAUGCUACUGUUACUAUGGAGAUUUUGUUAGCUAAUCUGGUACACAAAUUUGACUGGAAAUUGCCUAACGGGAUUGACCUCGACAUGACCGAGAGCCAUGGAGUCACUGUCCACAGAGCUUCUCCACUUCUUGCACUUGCCUCUCAACCUAAAUGA